UUGCGGUUCGUUAAAGUCGUUAUUGGGCACCGGCAAGGACUGUGCUUGUCUUCUCAUAACUGCCAAUGUCCCGUUCCAACUGCCCAUUAACCGAACCCUGGCGCUCUCUCUUCCUCGAGCUUGUAACAUGGGGGGCGUCCCAUUACAAUGCAAAGCCGCUGCUAGUCCCUUAGCAGCUCCAGGUCCUGCCUUACUAGGGCCAACUCCCCCACCAAGAGCUUCUUCCCCUUUAAGUCCAAGAGCUUCUAAGGCAGUAGCAGAAGCUCCUGCACCACAAUCUGGGACAGUUGAUGAUCUGCAGCCAACAUCUCCACCAGUAGAAUCCGAAGCUCCAACAAAAUCUACUCCAGGGAGUGGUCGACUGACCCCAUCACCAUCAGCAUCUACUCCAUCUCAUGUUUCCCCACCCUCUCUCCUACUCAUAAUUUUGGGACUUGUGGUUUAUAAGUCCUGCUGAUAGUUAUUGCUGCUACCCUUCUUAUGCAUAUGCCGUUUUGUACGUUAUAUCACAUUCAUAUAUCUUGUAAUAGAAGUGUCUCUUAAGGUCUAUCAUUUUGGGAUCGAUUUUAAUAUGUGUAAGUUUGAUACACAUUGUUGGCCUAACUCAUUCUCGGUUUCAAC